GGCAAGGAGCAACCCUGAGCAGGGCAGGUGCUGCUGCUGAGAGGUGCUGGGUGGGGCAGGGCUGCUCCCAGCUCCAGACCAGCCUGGGCACAGCUCCGGAUGACAGUUCCCAAAAGAAGAAUGUGAGCAUUCAUAACAAAACUGGAGCAAAGAAGCCCUUAGACCUUCUCCAAGGGUUGACUCAAGGGUAUCUAACAGGCACAACAGACUCUCCUAAUGGAUGUUCCUGUUAAAUAUCCUAGUUAAUCAACCCUAAUAGAUUGUUGGAAUUGGGGGCUGGAUGUGCCUCAUCCCCACUGGGACACCUGGAAGCUUCCAAUAAAGGUCCCCAUAUUUGGCCAGAGCAAAUGUCCAACAGCAGCUCCAUCAGCCACUUCCUCCUGCUGCCAUUGGCAGACACGCGGCAGCUGCAGCUCCUGCACUUCUGCCUCUUCCUGGGCAUCUCCCUGGCUGCCCUCCUGGGCAACGGCCUCAUCAUCAGCACCGUAGCCUGCGGCCACCACCUGCACACCCCCAUGUUCUUCUUCCUGCUCAACCUGGCCCUCACUGACCUGGGCUGCAUCUGCACCACUGUCCCCAAAGCCAUGCACAGUUCUCUCUGGGACACCAGGAACAUCUCCUACUCAGGAUGUGCUGCUCAGGUGUUCUUCUUUCUCUUCUUUAUCUUAGCAGAAUAUUUCCUCCUGACCAUCAUGUGCUACGACCGCUACGUGUCCAUCUGCAAACCCCUGCACUACGGGACCCUCCUGGGCAGCAGAGCUUGUGCCCACAUGGCAGCAGCUGCCUGGGCCAGUGGCUUUCUCAAUGCUCUGCUGCACACAGCCAAUACAUUUUCCCUGCCCCUGUGCCAUGGCAAUGCCCUGGGCCAGUUCUUCUGUGAAAUCCCACAUAUCCUCAAGCUUUCCUGCUCACACUCCUACCUCAGGAAAUUUGGGGCUUCUGCUUUUACUACUUCCUUAGCACUUGGUUGUUUUGUAUUCAUUAUUUUCUCCUAUGUGCAGAUCUUCAGGGCCGUGCUGAGGAUCCCCUCUGAGCAGGGACGGCACAAAGCCUUUUCCACCUGCCUCCCUCAUAUUGCUGUGGUCUCUCUGUUUAUCAGCACUGGCACAUUUGCCUACCUAAAGCCCCUCUCCAUUUCCUCCCCAUCCCUGGAUCUGUCCCUUUCAGUUCUGUACUCAGUGGUGCCUCCAGCCCUGAAUCCCCUCAUCUACAGCCUGAGGAACCAGGAGCUCAAAGGAGCCACUAGAAAACUGAUGACUCUCUCUUUUCAGAAGCAUUAAAUGCUCUCUUUUCUUCUGCAGAGCCUCUAGAAUGUAACUCUUUACAAUCUCUCUUUUUUUUCUUAGCUGUCCAUUUAUUUUGGUAACUUUUUCUACUGUUGUGUUGUGUACAAAAUACUCUAAAUUACUCCUUGCAUUUCUACAUUUAUAUCUACUUUUCUUUUGGAAGACAAAGACAUGCAAGGUGUCUCUCACAUGCAUUUAAAUAAAAGCAAGUGCAUGCCCUC